AUGGCGUACAAGACGCAACGAGCCCAGGUCGGCGCCACUGCCGCCGCAGAGCGCAAGAAGCGCAGAGAGAUGGCGCGUGCUGCGGCGGCGGCGGCAGCGUCUCCCCGCGCCCCGCCCGUCGUCACGAGCACCAGCCGCUACGAAAAGAUUGAGGCGGUCGGCGCGGGCGCCUUCGGCGUCGUGUACCGGGCGCGGGACCGCCGCACCGGCGAGAUCGUGGCGAUGAAGUGCCUGAACGCGGACGACUUCGACGACGGCCGCCUCGGCUCCAUGUUCGCCGACGAGGUCGGCGCGCUCGAGGCCUGCCGCGGCGUCCCGUGCGUCGUGCAGCUGCGAGACUCCUGCCGCCGCGACCCGGCCACCGGCGAGGCCUUCAUCGUCAUGGAGUUCGUCGGGCCGGCGCUCAGGGACGCCGCGAGGGGCGACCGGCGGAGCGGCGGCGUGCGGCGGCACACCGAGGACGAGGCGCGCCGGAUCGCGCGGCAGCUCCUCGACGGCGCCGCGGGCAUGCACGCCGCGGGCCUCAUGCACCGGGACCUGAAGCCGGACAACGUCCUCGUCGACGGCCGCGGCGGCCUCAAGAUCUGCGACCUCGGCAAGUCGCGCCCCGUGGCCGACGAGCCGCCGUACUCGAACCCCGUCGUGGCGCGGAACUACCGCGCGCCGGAGCUCCUCCUCGGGCGCACCGACUACGACGCUGGGAUCGACGCGUGGGCCAUCGGCUGCAUCGUGGCCGAGCUCCUCGCCGGCAAUCUCCUCUUCUACGGCGACUCGAACAAGGAGCAUCUCGGCGAGGUGCUCAACGUUCUUGGCACGGACGACAUCAAGGAGUGGAGCCGCUGCCCCGAGCGGCUGCCAAGUGGCUGCGGACCGACGAGCUUUCUGCCUGACCUGUUCCCUAGCAAUCCCGAGCUGGCAAUGGCCAUCGGCCGGCCGUCGCUGUCAGAGGCAGGGUUCGAGGUCCUGAGCGGGCUGCUGAGGUGCAACCCGGAGAAGCGGAUGACGGCGGCAGGCGCGCUCAAGCACCGGUGGUUCGAGGAAGCUUGA